AUGGCAGUGGGCGCCACUUGAAGGGCUGCUGGUUCUUGCAUGCUCAUUGUUUGCAGCCAAAGAUUGCAAAAGACAUGCAGCAGAUGAAGCUUGGGUACACAAAGUUAAUCAAAGAGCUGGAGCAUGGAGGAAAAGAAAGCCAGGAAAAAGCCAUCAUGGCUCUGAAAAACCAACAUGGCAACAAAAUGAAAAUUCUGAGAGCCCAGCUAGUAGCCUAUCAGGAGAUGAUGGACAAGAAAAACCAAUAUUGGCAAGACACAACAAAGAGACUGGAAGAAGAAAACAUGAAGCUGAGCCAAGAAAAAGGAGAGCUUGUAAACCAGAUCUCAUGGCAAAAAGAGAAAUGGGACAAAGAAAAGGCUUGUCUUCUAGAAAGUACCACUCAAAAGCUAGACUGUCUGUAUACUCAGCAUACCUUAACUGUAGAAGAACUUCAGAGGAGUAGGCUGAAUUUAGAAAAAGUGCAGAAAAUUGUAAAUUUCCAGAUGGACUUACCUUGUGAUCAGCGAAGAGCAUUAAUUAUAUCAAAUGAGAUAACAGGAAACAGAGCCACAGACAAGAGUGUGAGUGAAAAGAAGUCUAAUAUAACAGUACAGGAUCCAAGCAUUGCAGAAUCUGAUGAGAGGUCUAAAUCUUGUGUGGUGGAGAUGGAGGAAGCUCAUGAAUGCUUGCCACAAAAGAAACUUCUGUUGGAAGUGAAAAGCACUUUGGACGUGGUUAAAGCAUCCUUACAUAAACGAGAGAAAGAGAUCAGUGAACUUCUUCAGAGUGAACAUCGCAAUUCUCAAAUUGCAAAUGCAGCGGACAAGAUAUACUGCGAAGGAGGCAAAGGAGCAGCAUGAAAAACAUCAGCUUUGGAGAGAAACCCCUUAUUGUACCCCCUUAUUGUACAAGCAAGGGGGGAAAUGCAAUAAGGGGAGAAAUCCCAUGUGAAACAGACCUGGAGUGAAAUAAUUAUGAGGGAACUCUGAAAAUGGCCCUAUAUAAGCUACAGAAGACCUACUUCAUGAAGAAUCUUGCUGGUAGACACCCUAAGUCAAUUUACCAUAAGGCAUAUUACAGCACUUCAAACAGGUAUCACAGAUAUGGGACCAUGCCUUUUUGUCUGUGCACAUUUUGUUAACUAUCUGGAGUGCAAAAUUUGAACGGAGUAUAAGGUGGUACUCUUCCAGAAAAUGCUGUCCUUUGUUAAUGAAUGUAUCAAAUAGGUUCUCAUAUUUUCUCUGCCUUCUGUUUGAAAUGCAUCUUAAGUAUAACAAACCCACUGCAGAAUCAAUUAACAGCGAAAAAGCUACUUUCUUAUAUUAACAGAGUUGUAAUGUUUCAUUUCCCUUUGCUGGGGCAACCUCCCUUUUCAACCUUCAUGCAGACAAACUCACUGUUACCUGGGAAUAAUUUUAAUUUUAAUCUGGUUUAAACAUUUUUUGAUUUUAAUUGUUUUAUGUGUUUUUGAUUUUAAUGUAAA